AUGAAAGAUCUUGGCAAGCUGCAUUACUUUCUUGGUAUUCAAAUCCAAUAUCACGAAGGUGGAAUGUUUCUAUCUCAACAAAAAUAUGCAGAGGAUCUGUUAGCUGUAGCCGGUAUGUCAACAUGUGCUUCAGUUGCAACACCUCUCCCACAGCAGUUAAAACGAAAGUCACCACAAUCCGGUAACUCUGCUCCACCCUCUCACUCUACUCCGUUUGCUAAUCCUAAGUAUUUUCGUAGCUUGGCAGGUCGAUUGCAAUAUCUAACAUUAACAAGACCAGACCUGCAAUUCUCUGUCAACUACGUCUGUCAAAAAAUGCAUGACCAUACAGUCUCUGACUUCAACCUUCUCAAACGCAUUCUUCGCUAUAUCAAAGGGACAUCAACCAUGGGGAUUUCUUUUGACAGAUAUUCGGAUUCCAAACUCACUGCUUAUAGUGACAGCGACUAUGCAGGGUGUGAAAAGUCCAGUCGCUCAACAGGCGGAUUCUGCACCUUCCUUGGUCGCAAUAUGAUCUCAUGGUCAUCUAGAAAACAAGACACUGUCUCCAAAAGCUCAACAGAAGCUGAAUACAGGGCAAUGUCUGAAGCCACUUCUGAAAUCACCUGGUUUGUAAAUUUGCUUCAAGAUCUUGGGAUGCAAACAACCGCUACUCCAGAACUCUUUUGCGACAAUCUCUCCGCAGUCUAUCUCACAGCUAAUCCAAGUUUUCACUCUCGUACUAAACACUUUGCAACUCAUUACCACUACAUUCGGGAACAAGUUGCAUUCGGUAAUAUCAUCGUCAAUCAUAUCUCUGCAGAUUUUCAGAUCGCAGAUAUAUUUACCAAAUCGCUCCCACAACGGCCUUUCGAGCUUCUUAGGCUCAAACUUGGCGUCGACUUGCCACCUACUCCAAGUUUGCGGGGGAGUGUGAAGAACAGAGACCAAAACGACGUAGCUUUACAAAAAGGAUUAUUGGGACCACGGCCCAAUACAUUCCCAAAGCCCAUUCCAGCUCAACGGCUACCUGUGAAACACGACAAAGAAAAGCGGAAACCAACACCUUCAGACUGUACGACGAUGACGACCAAGAACCGAUUUGCAGCUCUCGAAUCCUGCGGUGACAAUGAGUCCACGUGA